AACGUGUAAUCAUUCGUCCGUCAUCUCAGCGGUGAAGCGCAAGACCCGAACUCUUAAAACUUGAAAUACUUGAAAAUUCGAAAAAAAAAAAAACUAAACGGCGAUGAAGUGUCUGGUCAUAUUGUCGAUCGCGACAAUUUUCGUGGGCGUCGAAAGUUACGUGGUACCCACACCCCGCGUUCAAUUACUUUAUCCCCGUGGGUUCCAGGUGUCGAUUCCAGACUCUCCAGGCGUCCAGUUGUUCGCCUUCCAUGGAAAUAUCAACAGGGAGAUGGAAGGUAUCGAAGCCGGCGAAUACUCCGCGGAUGUCCUUCGUCCCCGCAACAAUCGUUGGACUUACAAAAAUCCUACCGCUCCCUUGAACCCGGGAGACACUCUCUACUUCUGGACGAUGGUGCACGUCGACGGGGUUGGCUACCAAAAAUUAUUCCAACAAUUCUACGUACCCGGUGACUGUCCGCGAAUUCCCGACGACACGGUCAGUCCACGGCGUUCAGGAAUAGACAUUCGUAUAUCCUCGUAAUUUCUUAGCACGCUCGAUUGUAAGCGGAGUUCUGUUUCUUUCAAUAAAGUUGCAUAACGAACGUCGUAA